CCGCCGGGGCCGGGCAUGGGACCAAGACCCCCGGGCCCCCCCGGCAUGCCCGGACCAAUGGGACCAAGGGGCCCGCGACCCGGAAUACGAGGAAUGCCGCCGGGUAUGGGCCCAGGAGGGCCUCCCCGCGGCAUGCCCCCCGGCCCUCGCGGGAUGCCCCCGGGGAUGGGGCCCCUCGGACCACGUGGAUUACAGAUGAACGGCAUGGGGGUCCCCCGAGGACCGCGGCCCGGGAUGAUGGGCCCUGGCGGGACUCGCGGACAGGCGCCAGGACCCGCUGGCCCGGGAGGAACCAGCUCGCCGGCCCACAUGGGACCUCCGAGGCAGCGUCCACCUCUCACAGACCCGAGCGGGAAGGGACCCCCGGCCAUGGUUCCUACGCCGCACGGUCCGCUCCUCCCGCCCUCUUCAGCCGAAAACACAUUUAAUUCCCUACAAGACAAUGCGAUGAAAGGCUUAACUGGACAAGAGCUGCUGAACAAAGCGAGAGGAAACGUGGACAAAAAGCCCGGCAUUUUCAGACAGGGAUCACUGGGGCAAGAACCUGGGGGGCACACUAACAAUCUCGGUUCGGGGUUGAGCGCGAACAUGACGCAGGAUAAGUUAGGUCCUCUCGCGCCCGGAAAUUCUCAAGCAUGGCCCUCACCAGCCACGCAAGGGCCAACAAACACAACUCAGGGGCUACCUCAUUCUACAUCUCCUCACCCUGGUAACAAAGGUCCAACAAACACUCCCGACGUGGACCUGAGUCAGCUGAGCGAAGAGGAGCGAGCCAUCAUAGAGAGCGUCAUGGCGAAGGCGCAGGAAAUGGAGACCCAAGACACGCCCGCUAAGCGAAGUGCUGAUGAGGCACAGCGGCUUCGGCUUGAGACCGGCAUGAUGGGAGACAAGAGCCAGCAGCAGCAACAGCAGCAGCAGCAGCAGGAGCAGGCGCAGAAGCAGCAGGCGCAGCAGCAGUUCCAGCAGAGACUUUCAGGAAUGUUCGGACCUCAAGCUGAGAUGCGGCCGGGUCCUCAGGGCUACCAACCGGACACGCUGCACCAGGGCCAGCUUGGCGCUGACCAUGCCGCGGGGGUCCUGGGUCCUGGAGCCGCCGACCCGAGGAGAGGGCAGCUCCGCACGCAGGCGUCUCUUGAGGGGCAUCUGCACGGCACGGGGAUGCUGCGGAGUCCCGCGGACGGCCAGGACACGAGAACGACCUCGGGGGCCGCGGCGACGACCCUCUCCGGCGCGACGAGCACCAUGGGCGGCCGCAUCCCGGUGGGCGGGGUCAAGCUGCCGGGGAUGAACGAGGUGCAGAGCGGGGCGCUGCAGUCCAACCUCGCGCAGAACAAGAUGCAGGCGGGGCUCGGCCAGCAGGACAUGCACCACCUGCAGCAGCAGGCCAACCAGGCGCAGAUGGGGCAGAUGAAGCCGCAGACCAUGCAGGACGCCGCCGGCAACCUGGUACCGAGCGCGGGCGGCCCCAACGCCCAGGGCACGAGUAGCGUGACGCCCGGCAUGAGCACCGUCACGACGAGCGCCCACGACCCGCUGGCGGCCAGCAAGCCCUUCGGCCCGGGCGCGCAGCAGCCUGGCCUCAUGAAUAACCAAAUGAACACGAACAUGAGUAACAUAGUGAGUACCCAACCCAACAGCCAUAUCAGUAACGCCGUUAGUAAUCAAACUAACUCCCAAAUUAGCUCCCAGAGUUCACUACAAAACAAUAUGAACGCUCAGGGCAACCUUUCCAUGGACCCCUCAUUAAGCACACAACAAGGAACAUAUUUACAAAAUCAAAUGCAGAAUAAUCAAUUACAAGCCAACAACAUGUUCGGCAACAAAAACCAGGGCGCCCAGAUGCAAGGGUCGCAGAUGCCAGGUCAGAUGGGAAUGCAGAUGCAAGGGCAGUAUAGCGCGGGCAGCCUCCCGGGCACACAGAUAGGCAACCACAUACAGCCCGGGGGAACCUUACCGAACCAACACAUGUCGAACCAACCUAACCAGAUGACCGACGUGGGUCAGAUGAACCAGAUGAACCAGAUGCAGAAUGCGAUGGGUGCGCACGACAGCAAAAAUAUUUCUAGCCUCAUUCACGGGCCACAGAUGCAGACCAGACAGCAGCAGAACCCACAGCAGCAGCAACAACAGCAACAGCACAGCUCAACAGCGUCGUCUGCUCUUAGUGGUUUGAGCAGUCUCUUCGGCCUGCAGAAGAACCGACCAGAAGGAGAUGGAUCUAGCCAGCAGCAGCAACACUUACAGCAGCAGCAACAGCAUCAGCAACAACAGCAGCAUCAGCAACAACAGCAGCAUCAGCAACAACAACAGCAACAGCAUCAACAACAGUUACAACAGCAGCAGCUUCAACAACAGCAGCAACAGCAGCUUCAACAGCAGCAGCAAUAUCAACAACAGCUUCAGCAACAGCAGAAUUAUCAGCAGCAACUGCAACACCAGCAGAAUUUACAGGAACAGCAAAAACAACAAAACCUGCAGAUGCAACAGGACCUUCAACAACAAUCUUUACACCAACAAAAUCUACAACACCAACAGCAAAAUUUGCAACAACAGAUGAACAACCUCAAUCAAAACCUGCAACAAAACCUUCAACACCAACAAAAUUUGCAACAGCAACAAAGCUUGCAACAACAGCAAAACCUCCAACAGCAACAGAGCAUGCAACAGCACCAGCACAACCUCCAACAGCAACUCCAGCAGCAUAACCUCCAGGACCAGAGCAUGCAACACCAACAGCAAAUGCACCAGCAGCACUUGGGACCACAGCAGAAGAUGGGCGCGGUCUCGGGUCUCAUUGGCGACCACUACUCUUCAGCCUAUACAGGAAUCUCCCCUCCCUCGCGCCCGCUGUCCAGGGAGGAUCUCUAUGGGCAACAGCAACAGCAACAGAAUCUCCCAGAUGGCGUGCUGCAGGGAUCCAUGAUGCAUCAGAGGCCCGCCCCGCUGUCCCCAACGGAAGUCCGCGGCGGAGUGAUGGUGACCACGUCCGGGAUGGUGAAGUCUCUGGAACGCCCACGCCAGACUUCAGACACGAAGGGGCCAAAUGUGUCGGCUUCAGGAGUAGGAGCACAGCAGGGUAAAAGCUCAAUUAGUGGCAUGUUGUCGGACUUCACACGUGCUCUGGGCCUCGGCGGCAACUCCCCGAAGGACGAGCAGAAGGGGCAGGUGGUCUCCACGUACCAGCAGCAGAAGCAAGCUCAAAGCCAAAUCCAGACUCAGGCUAACCUGAUCACCUCCCAGAUGGCCGGCCAACAGCAGCAGGCUCAGAUGGCAGGCCACCAGCAGGGCCAGAUGGUGGGUCCUCAGCAGGUGUACACGUCCAGCGGGCAGGUGGUGACCCAGCUGGCCAACCACGUGGGCCCUGGAGUGGCCAAUGUUCCAAAUACGGUCGUUGGAGGCCAAGUUGUACAGAAUCCUACUGUUGUGGUGAGUGCAGGCCAGCAGCCUGGAGGUCAGCCCCUGCUCUUCCAACAGAUGACCCCCGCACAACAACUGCAGCUGCAACAAAUGCAACUGCAGCACCAAGCACAACACCUAAAGAAGAUGCGCCGCCAGGACCAGGCGGCUGCAUUGCAACAGCAGCUCAUAACACAGGGCAAGAUUUCGCCGACGCCCCUCAGGAAGGACGCCCCGGCAGCAGUUCCCGGCCUGCAGCAGCUGCAGAACCUACAGCAGCAGCACCUGGCAGGGAAGGUGGGCGCCCGCGUCAACUCGAACCUGCCGACGGCCGCCCUGCUGCAGCAGUCCACCAUCGCCACGAGCGACGGGAAGCCUCGCAUGUUGGUUAUGCCCGGCCAGACCAUACCCACUACGGAGACGCCGCUGUCCUCUCUCCAUAGGGCGCGCCUCCGCUCCUCCUCAGACCAGCUGGCUUCACCCGAAGAGUUUAGCAUGUCAGGGGUGAACGCCCAGCUGGCCAUGCUCACCGGCACCCCCAGCACCCCGGCGGGCACCCCAAGGGGCCUCCGCGACGACUCUUCUGACACCAUGAGCGAGACAGACAGCCAGAAGAGCCUCAGGAUCCGCCGCAAGCUGCCGCACCUGCCGCCCGACCAGGAGGCGGCGCCGCUGCCGUCGCAUAAAAAGAAUUCUUUUGGACUCAACGCCAAGGACAGAGUCAGGUCACAGAUGGCUCGCCAGUCUUCCCUGGACGGUACCAGCUCCUCCGGACGCGUGGGUGGGUCGCUCACCAUGGGUAGGCCUUCCUCAAGCAUGACCAAUCUAGCUAAUAUUUCCAAAACUCCAGAUAUCACUCUACCCAUUCGCCCAGGUUCUGCUCUGGGUAUCUUAGGUCACACAAGCAACAGUAUGCGUAGUUCGACCACAUCAGGACCUCAGUUGAAGUCCGGCCUGCCCUCCAGCAUCGCCCAGUGCCUCCCGCCCGACCUACACCACCUCAUCUAUACCAAUGUACCACCGCACUCUAUUGCAGACAACUAUGGCUCUCAGCAGCUGCCAGAAUACAUGCAGAACCUGAAGGAACAGCUGAGGGAGGAGCUCAAGUCCACCACAGGCGACCGGCGGGCCAUCCUGGAGGCCGAGCUGCUCCGGCUGCAUGAAGACCGGCGCCGUGCCCUCACUGAUAAGGACAAGGACAGGGACGGUCGCCUGCGCAGGGAGCUGGACCGCCUUUCCUCCUCCAGCUACACGGGAUCGCUGACGCUCAAGCAGAGAAUGGAAAUACAGCGUCGUCUGGGCAUGACUUCUGGCACGAGCAAUUCCACUGGGUCAGCCAGCUCCUCCCCGAGGAACCAUCGCCGCAGGGGGCACAGACGCCAAAUGUCCGACCCAAAGAUUUUCUCUUCAAUAUCCCCUAUAAAGGAGGACAAGGACUUGGAGAAAGAACUGGAGAGAUCUCUUUACGGUGGGAGUCUCCGCGACACUGCCAUCAACUGCAUGGACGAUGAUGACCUUCUGGCGGCUCGCCUUUUAGGACUGAACAGAAACACUGGACGUCGGAGCUCCGAGAGCGGUUUAGCCACUGAGUACUGGGGGCGAAGCUCCACCCCCGGCGCCACCAUGUACGACUCCGGCAUGGGAGGCUCGAUACGACAGAAACCCGGCAGAAAACCUCGCAAACCUCGCUCUUGGCAUCCAUCUCCUUACGCUUCUGACGACGACGACGACCUCUUGUCCCGCGAGGAGAAAAAGCAGAAAAUUAAAGCCGAGAUCGCGAGGCGUAGGCAGCAGAUCGAAGAGAACUCCCGGUUGCACGAAGAGCUGCUGCGUCUCGCCAGGUUACGAGAAAGUGCCGAGUUAGGUUACUCCGACCCGAGAGCUUACGGGCCCUACGACCAAAGUCCUCCGCAGUCCGCACGUGAUUCCACCACCAGUGUCUUACGCUCUAUCGACGAGAUCCUCCGGGACGCUCGUGAUCCUUCUUCUGGUUAUUAUAGUGGUUAUCCCCCCUUCAAGCCAGGAGGUUCUCCACCCAGCUGGUACGGCAGUUCUCCCGGCGUCAGAACCUCCCCUCGUCACUACUACGGAUCCCGAGGACCUUCGCCUUCCCGUUAUCCCAUGACAGAGGAAGAUCGGUCCAUGGCACGACUGGCUUCGACUUUCCAGAACGAGGAGUUCACAGGGGCCCUUUACGACCGGCUCUCAGAUUUCUCCCCCUUAACGGCCGACAUAAGUGAUAGCAUGAGUGACUUUACCCCAGCCAUGCCCUUGCUUCCGGACAUGCCAACCAGGUCCAGGAAGUUGCUCGAGGAUCUGGGAAGCUCACCUAUCACGAGUCAAGCACACAGAGGCAAGUACGAUGUGCAGAGACGGUAUCGGAAGUAAGUUUUUCUUUUGUGUCGUGAUUCUGUUGGUCGCUGUCCCUCUUCGAAACCUUCUGUCACAUUCUCGAGCUGUCCCGUCUUCAGGAAAUACGAAGAAGAAGCCAGAGUCUCGUAAACAAAACGAUGUGAUACUAAUGGAGGGGCUUGUCGACGUUAGUGCACUUAUCAUUAUGUAAAUUUAAGUACCAGAAAUUAAUUCGGUUGUAUGUAAUAUGAUGGAAAUAUGGUUCAGUGUAAUCCUUUCCUAAAGUUAACUGAAUAUUACCCCAGUGGCAUGUUUUCUCGCGAAUACAGAAAUAUACGCAAUAUAAAAUACGCCAUAUAUACGUACACACCUGUGAUCAGGAUGUGUAGAGGAGAAUGAUUGAGUUUAUUUGAGUAUAUGUGAAAGUCUAUAUGCGUUAAUGAAUUCAAAAAGUUUAUUUAUCAUCAUGAUCAAUAUCCUUUUUAUUAUAUAAUCAUAAUUGUUAUUGUUAUAUACACAGUAUGCGAGUGUGUGCGUUUAACAUGUAUGUACUCGUACAUAUAAUCAUAAGCGCAAAACACGCACACACGCACGCACACACACGC